UUUUGUGUGGUGUGUGUGGAUUUUGUGCCGCCAAAUGAAAAGUGUGUGUGCAACAAGCGGCGAAUGCAGGCCAACAAUAAUCAUAACAACAAAAACAACAACAUUUACAACAUUGACAACACCAGCAAUAUCAAGAAGCAACAGCAGCAACAACAACAACAACAACUGCAAACGCAAUCUAACUGUACAUUAACCAGCCAACGGUCAGCAGCAGCAGCAGCCGCAGCAACAAGUGGAACAACAAGCAGUUGCAGUUAG